AUGAGAGAUUCACGAAUAAAAACGGUGACGUUAAAAAGUCAUGAUUUCACCGGUCUUGGUUUUAAUAUAUGCGGAAACAUGAGGGAUGGCAUUUUCGUUAAAGAUAUAUUACACAGGGGUCCAGCUUUUGAAUCGGGAUGUAUAAAUACAGGCAAGCCGUACAAAAGUCGAGUCGCACCUUUAUUUGUACCCAUGGCAACUAAAUUGAAAUAUUUAACUUGA